AUGGUGAGUUCACUGUGGGCUCUAACCUUAUUAGUGAACCAUCCAGACGUACAGGAAAAAGCCGAAAAUGAGCUCAUCAUGCACGUAGGAAAGGAACGGCAAGUGGAAGUGUCGGAUAUAAAGAACCUCCUGUAUCUACAGGCCAUUAUCAAGGAAACUAUGAGACUAUACCCACCGGGUCCACUAUCAGCUCCUCGCGAAUCCAUGGAAGAUUGUACUAUCGCUGGAUACCACAUUCCUGCCGGAACCCGUUUAAUUGUCAAUAUUUGGAAGGUUCAACGUGAUCCGCAGGUGUGGUCAGACCCAGAAGAAUUCAGGCCGGAGAGAUUUCUGACAGGUGAGCACUUGAAUACAGGUAUAGGACCUCAAGAUUUCAAGCUAAUGCCAUUUGGAUCCGGCAGAAAAAUUUGCCCGGAAAGCUCGUUCUCGCUGCAGAUUGUGCACUUAACUCUGGCUCGUUUGGUACAUGGCUUCAAAUUUAAGACGCCUUCAGAUGCACCUAUAGAUAUGACUGAGAGUUCAGGACUAAAUAAUGUUAAAGGCACCCCACUGGAAGUUCUUAUCACCCCAACCCUCUCUUCUAACCUUUAUCAAUUAUCAUUCUGA